AUGAGAUCCAUUUCUGUCGGUUUCACCAUUUAUGAAGCACAAAAUUUAGAAGUUGACGACAAAAAUUUAUUAGAUCCUUUAGUAGUUGUUCGUUGUUGUAAUAAUGAAUACAUAACAAAAAAAAAGAAAAAAAAAUAUAACGCUGUGAAUUGGGAAGAAAGUCAUAUAUGGGAUAGAAUUAUUUUAUCUGAAAUUGAAUGGAAUGUUUCAAAAAUAGAAUUUGAGGUUCAGAGUGCUAAUAUUUUAUGGCGAAAUGAUAUAAUAGGUGUAAUAUCAUUUGAACUUAAACUUAUUAAGAAUAAAAGAAAUCAUCAAAUUCAGGGGAUCUAUCCAAUACUUUGUAAGAAUGGUACCGAAAUUCGAGGGCAAUUGCGACUUAAAGUAAUGGUAUGUGAUGAAAAUGAUUAUAUAAGUAAUAAUAAUAUUUUUAAUGAUUUAACAGAAAAUAAUAAUGAAAACAGAAUUGAAGAUAACGAAGAAAUAUAUAAUGACUUAACAAAAGCUGUUGUUGAAGAAAAUCUUGUAACUUUAAGAGAUGAAAAAAGUCGUUUUUAUUAUUUAUAUGUUAAUAUACAUAAAAUAGAAGAUAUUUAUACCGAUAUAAGUAAAAAGGAAUAUCGAGAUUUAUAUAUAACAUGUGAUUUUAAUGGUUGCCAUUUAAAAUCUAGUCAAGCAAGAAAUUGUAUUAAUUAUACAUUUAAUGAAUGCUUUAAAAUACCUAUCGCCACUCCUAUAUUAGAUGAUUCCAUAAUAUUGAAAAUAUGGGAUUGGAAUUAUUUAUCAAACGAUGAAUUGAUAGCCAUAGGUGUAUUGUCAUUUAACCAAAUAAAAAAUGAAUGCCUUAAUCCAACAUGGCUCAAUUUAUAUGGUUUUCACAAAAAAGAAUUUGACUUGGAAAAAAUUACAAAUAAUUAUACAAACAAGAAUAAUAGUAAUAAUUAUUAUGAUAUAUGUAAUGAUUACAAUUUACUUUUAGAAGGGAAUUUUUAUCUAGGUAGAAUAUGUAUCAGUAGUUAUGUGGAAAGGAUAAAUAAUUUUGAUAAUCUAAAUAUAGCCAUUACUCAAAGUUGUUUAGCAUAUGAUGACCCAUUAUAUAUACCUAUCACUUUAUUAUGUGAUGUUUAUUUAGUUACCGGAAUUUUGUCAAAAAAUAUUUAUGUCGAACUAACAUGCGGACCACAUAGAAAAAAAACACAAUGCGUAUCCGUCAAUGAAAUGUUACAAGAUGUAAUGGGUAAACAAACAAACCAAAAAAAAAAAACAAAAAAAAAAAAAAUUAUAAAAGGUAUACACAAUUCAUAUAUAGAUAAUGAAAUUGUAAAUAAUAAUUAUGAUAAUACUAUUUAUACAUAUAAUCAAAAAACUAAUCCACUAUUCACAUUUGAUGAAAUACUUAAUUUGGAUAACGUUUUCAAUAAAGUGACUGAGAAACAACAGAUUAUUGAAAAUAAUGAACAUACAGAAUUUUAUUUUAGUGCUAAUAAAGGCAAAAUAGAAAAUAUGAAAUUAUGUGUUGUUCAGGAAGAAUAUCAACAAUGGGAUAUCAUCAUAAAUGUAUAUGAAAAGGUUUAUAAUAAUUCAUAUCAUGAAAAUAAUUUUCUUCCAAGUCUUUUAUAUAAUAAUGAAGAGACAAAAAAUGAUGACUAUUCAAAAUUAACUGAAUAUCAAAAAUAUCAAAAAAAAAAAGAAGAAAUUGAUCAAUAUGAACAAAAUAUACCUAAUCAUAUUGAUAGAAGAAUUGCCUAUUAUAGAAUGCCAUUAAAAAAUGUACUUUUAUAUAAUGAAAAAAUAUCUAGAUGUCCUAUAUGGAUUCCAUUAAAAAAUAUUCCAAAAAAUGUACAAGGUGAUUUUAAUUGUAUGUAUAAUAUUUUUCAAAAUGGUUCUAUAUUAUUAAACUUAGAAAAAUCUUUUGAUGUACAAUUAGGAAUAAAUAGAAGAAAAAAAUUAAUACCUGUUAAUUAUGAAUUAAGAUGUUAUAUAUAUGCUUGUAGAAAUGUUAUAUCACAUUUUAAUGAUUCUCCUAAUACAUUUGUACAUAUAUCAUGUGCAGGUAAAAUGAAAAUUACCUCUCUUUCUUUAAAUUCAUGUAAUCCAGUCUAUUUACAAUGUCUGAAAUUAAAUAUUAAUAUUUUAACAGAUUAUUCUAUAGGCCUACCUACCAUCCCUCUAAUCAUUGUCACAUUGUAUGAAUUCCAUAAUGAUACAUUUUAUUACAUAGGAAGAUGCUAUUGUAAUUAUGAUAUAUAUCUUAAACAAAGUGGGAAUAAAUAUAAUUUUACUGAAAAAGGAUCCAAAUAUAAUGUAGUCGAACAAAUUAAACCGAAAUGGAUAAAAUUAAAAGGAAGCAAGUACACAAAGGCAAUGUAUGCCAACAAUUUAUGGCAACAUAAUGGAAAUGAUAAAAGAAUUAUGCAGGAAUAUUUAUAUGAAAAACAACAAGAACUAAUCAACAAUAGUACUAUUAACAAAAACAAUAAUAACAAUAAUAAAAAAGAUAACAAUAAUAAAAAAGAUAACAAUAAUAAAAAAGAUAACAAUAAUAAUAAUAAUAAUAAUUAUUAUUAUAAUAGUAGUAAUGUGUAUCAAUAUAAUGACUUAUUAUACGGUGAAAGAGUUGGAGAUAUUCUCUUAUAUUUUGAACUUGUUCAAUCUAAAGAUGCAAUGAAAUUUCCUAUUUAUCCUAUGAUUACGGAAAUUAAAAAAUGCACCUUAUCCUUUUUUUGCAUGUCUUUAGAAAAUCUCAUAUUAAUGAAAAAGGCAAAUUUCUUAAAAACACUAUCAUUCGAACGAAAUAAUAAAUAUCAGAUAUCAACCCCAAUUAUCCUUUUGUCUAUUACAUCUUAUUCUUCUUAUGGAAAAAAAAAAAACGAACUCAUGAUUAAAUAUGAAAAAACAUUAAAAGCUAAUACAAGGAUACAAUUAAAAAAUUGGAAAAAUUCUUUCAAUCAACAAAGUUUUGAAAUGUUCUCAAUAGAAAAUAUGAAUAUUGACAUUCCAUUAGAUCCUAUAUUUGAUCCUAUACUUAAUAUAAAAGUAUAUAACAAAAAAGUUAAAUCAAAAUAUUUUAUUGGAGAAACAAAUAUAUCUCUUGUUCCAUAUCUCCCAUGGAUUAAAAAUAUAGAUGAAGUCCUUUAUUAUUUACAAGCUCAUGAUGAUUAUUCCGAAACAAUUAAUAUGAAAAACAUAGAUAACACAUUUAAUAUAUACAAAAAUAAAAACGCAGCUCUCGUCAUAUCAGCAAUUUCAUUGGCUGACUGUGAGGAUACAUUAUCGUUGAAGGAAGAAAUUAAUAAAUAUGAAAACGAUGAUGACGAAGCUUGGAAAGAAAUACCUCUUUUUAAUUUGGACCAAGAAAAUCAAAAGGAGGAUAAUAAAAAUACAUCAAGUCAGCAUGGAAACGUAACUAAUAAUUAUGAUGGAUAUAAUAAUGGUGCAUAUGAAAUGGGAAUGUAUAAUAUGGAAACAUACAAUAUAAAAAAUAAUGAUAAUAAUAAUAAUAAUAAUUAUAAUAAUUAUAAUAACAAUAGUUAUAAUAAUAAUAAUUAUUAUUAUAAUAAUUAUGCAGCUCCAUAUACAUCUUAUAAUAAUAAUGUACUACAAAAUGAUACGAGAAAUAAUGUUAGGUAUAAUCAUUCAAACAACAUGAUGAUCAAUAAUAUGUAUAAAAAUAAUAUAUAUAAUGCUUCCCAAUUUGGUGUAAUUAAUUAUAAUAAUUAUAAUAAUUAUUAUGAUAAAGGUAAUACACUAAAUUUUAAUAAUAAUAACAUACACCAUUUUAACAAAUUAUCAAAUAACAAAUUUGAUUCAUAUUUGUCAAGAAUUCAAAAAGAUACAUAUAAUAUAAAAUAUAAUAAUAGUAUAUAUAAAUUAUUUGAUGAUGGUAUUCCUGAAAUAAUAAAAUUAAGCUAUAAUGUAAAGAAUUAUCCAUAUAUAAAAAUAUUAACAAGCAAAUAUAUUUUAAAUGUACAUAUUCCUCCAAGAUUUAUUUUAUAUGUAGAAGGUGAUAAAUUAAAUAUUGAGAAAUUUAUAAAAAAUAUUAAUCGUGUAUCUGUUGAUGGUAUUUUAGAAAACUAUCUUGAUGAUAUAUUAAUUCCUUCUCUACCUUUAAUAAAAAAGUGCAAUGAUAUAUCAUGUGAUAAUAAUUAUAAUGAAAAUAAAAUAGAAAAGCAAGGUAUUAAAUUUGGUUGUUUUGAACAGUUUCCAUUUGUUGAAAUUAUAGGUGGACAAAUUAAAUGUUUUACAAAAAUUAAAUACAGAAAUUUAGAAUCUGAAAAUAUGCCAUUAAGUUUAAAAGAUAUAACAAAUCAAAAUAUAUUUAGAAAUAAAUUUAGAGGGAAAAAUAAAAUUCCUUUAUAUUUAAAAAUACGUGUAUAUGUGUUAAGAGGCAUAGGAUUAUAUGGUAUAAAUAAUGAAUAUACUGCAAAUCCAUAUUUGAUUUUUUCAUUAGGAGAAAAAACUUCUAAUUUAAGAAAUGCUUUCAAACGUUCAAAUAUAAAUCCAGAAUUUGGAUGUCUUUGGGAAAGUGAAGCUAUAUUUCCUGAAGAUGAAAUAUUAACUAUUAGUGUUUAUAGUGCUGAAGAUAAUUAUGAUAAACAAAUAAAUGAUAUAUAUAUUGGAUCAACUGAAAUUAAUUUAUUUGAUAGAUGGAUGAGUAAGGAAUGGAGACAUAUGAUGAAGAAAAAUAAAAUACCUGUUGAAUAUAGACCAUUGUAUAGUAAUUAUAUAAAACAUCCAAAAAUGGUAUCAUCUAAUAAUUACAAUACAAUGAAUAGUUGGAAUAAUAUUUUUUCAUUUUUUGACAUAUUUAAUUAUUUAAUGACCUAUACAUCACCAACAAAAGGUAACAACAACAACAAUAAUGAUAAUAAUAAUAAUAAUAGUAAUAUUUAUGGAAAUCAUUCUUUGAAAGAUACACAUUCAAAUAUAUCCUUUGGCAAUUCACAAAAGAGAAAUAAUGGUAUAUUAGAAAUGUGGGUAGAAAUUAUGGAUUAUGAACAAUCCAAGAAAAUACCUAUACAUAAAAUGGUUCCACCAAAAAAAACAGAAAUUGAAAUAAGAAUAAUUAUAUGGAGAUGUACUAUGCUAACAAAUAAAGAUAAUAUUAAUAAAACUAUGGAUUUAACCGUAACAUCUGAAUUAGACUGUAUAACAUAUAAUGGUAAAAAUCCGACUAUGCAAUCAACCGAUGUACAUUAUAACUGUAAAACAGGAACUGCUAUAUUUAAUUGGAGAAUUGUUUAUCCUAAUAUUACGCAUCCUUUAAAUACAUGCUUUUUACAACUAGCUGCAUAUAAUAAUAAUAAUGUUGGAGUUAGCGAAUUUUUAGGAGAAGUCAAUUUAGAACUAUCCAAAUAUAUACAAAAAGCAUCACAAAUAUUAAAUAAAUUUGAAUUAGACGCAGAACUUAAAUUAAGGAAAAAAACAGAUACUGAUCAUAAUAAAAAUACUUAUAAUGGAUAUAUACAAGUAACUGUUCAAUUUAUUCCCCAAAAUAAAGCUAAUAUAAAACCUGUAGGAUUAGGUAGAGAUGAACCAAAUAGAAAUCCUUAUUUAAAAACACCUGAUAGUGGAAGGGAAUGGAACGAUUUCAUGUAUUCCAUAGGUUUUAAUGAUAUAUAUAAGCCUUUCUGGAAUUCUUUAAAAUUGGCGUUCAUAUGCCUUCUAGUUAUAUGGGUGUUUGUAUUAUCUUUCGUUUAUCCGUCAUUGUUAAGGUGA